CCAACGAUGUGUUGGAGUGUGGAUCCGGACAUAGUUUACAUACAUUUAAGUGAGAUCCGGCUUCAAAAAAGUACAUAAAUGUCACUUAAGUGACCAUAUCUCGAGACAGGGUUGCCAAUGUUUUGGACUCGUUGGAAAGGUCUUUUGAUAACCUAACCAACGAUGGGUCGGAUGGUGGAGCCGGACAUAGUUUACAUACAUUUAAGUGAGAUCCGGCUUCCAAAAAGUACAUCAAUAUCACUUAAGUGGCCAUAUCGAGAGACAGGGUUGCCAGAUCUUCAAUGUUUUGGACUCGUUGGAAAGGUCUUUUGAUAACCUAACUAACGAUGGGUCGGAUGGUGGAUCCGGACAUAGUUUACAUACAUUUAAGUGUGAUCCAGAUAUAUGUGAAAACACAUUUUUAUACAUAACUUUUGAACUACUUAUCGAAACUUCAAUCUGUAUAAAACUCGAUCUAUGGGACCCUAAACCAAGUCGAAUGCAACAGGUUCGGGUCAAAUCGGUUCAGCCAGUGCCGAGAAACAUGAGCUAGUUUGUUGGUCACAUACAUACAUACACACACACAUACACACACACAUACACACACACAUACACACACACAUACACACACACAUACACACACAUAUACACACAGACAUUUGUUCAGUUUUCGAUUCUGAGUCGAUAUGUAUACAUGAAGGUGGGUCUACGACGUUUUUAUACAAAGUUCAUUUUUAGAGCAGGAUUAUAGCCUUACCUCAGUGAGGAAGGCAAAAAGCUGGGUUUUUACACCUCUAAAAUAAAAUAUGUUUAUAUUCUCAGCCAAGUUCCUGUCAGUAAGAUCAAACAUCGGCCGUCCACGCCUGGAAGAGCAGCAAACAGAUUUAUUGAAGGCCAUCUGUGAUAUCGCGAUCUACGGUUCGGCGGCUCAGGACAAGCGACAGUUUGAAGCGAUUCGAAGUAUUCAUACAUUGGACGAACUCAAAGAUGCGCUGUUCCACCAAGGUUUCAAGCUGAGUAGAUCUGCAACCUACUUACGAUUGCUGCCACGUAGAUCGAACACUGCGGAAGGGGGACGUCACGUCAAUCCAGUUCCGGUCAAACUGCAAAAAGCCACUAACACCAAGCACCAUGAUCAUUCAGAUGGUCGAUUUUGCACGUCUACAAUUCGGUCUCUGGAAGAGCUCUCUUCACUGCUAGGACCGGAAGAGGUUGCAUUUCUAAGCCAGGACGACAAAGCGCGAGUUGUAAUCGGUUUAACAGCCGCAAACAAACAGUCCCCAUUCUUGAUGCACAUCGAAUACCGAGUUAAACUUCCAGACCACAACUGGGUCGUCGCACAGCGACACAAGCUUAUCCCAUCAGUCACCGCUGGAAUAAUUAUCAAGAAAAAUGGAUUGGGAAAGCCGGAGGCUGUUGGGUAUUCCGGUCCGACAUACGUUGGAAUCCGCUCCGGAAAGCACUCGUCGUCAACCGCGUAUUCUCAUGCACUGGAUUUCAAACGAUUGACCGAGCUGGAAGAAUUUGCGCCGAUCUUGCGUCAUGAUGGGAUCAUCAAACCCGUGGUUGUGAUUGUGGUGGAUGGUGGGCCUGACGAAAACCCGCGCUAUCGCAAGGUUAUUCAGGUCGCCAUCCACCACUUUCUUGAACAUAACCUUGAUGCCAUAUUCAUCGCGACUAACGCGCCGGGAAGAAGUGCCUUCAACCGGGUCGAAAGACGGAUGUCCCCGUUAAGCCGAGAGCUAGCAGGUCUAAUCCUCCCUCACGAUCAUUAUGGAUCACAUCUAGACUCACAAAUGCGGACCACAGAUGAACAUUUGGAGCGGCAGAAUUUCAAGUUCGCUGGAAAAACGCUUGCGGAGGUUUGGGGUGGGCUGAUCAUUGAUGGAUAUCCGACGGUUGCUGAAUUUAUUGAGCCAGAAGCGUCAGAAGUUGACCCCGAAUCGUUGGACCAAUGCUGGUUUUCGAACCACGUUCGAACCAGCCAAUACAUGCUCCAGAUUGUGAAGUGUGAUAAUAGAUCCUGCUGUUCGCCACUGCGAAGCUCUUUGUCGACGGUACUUCCUGGACGGUUUCUUCCUCCACCAAUUCCGCUUAUCCACUCGUCCGAUGGACUAAAAGCGGCAGGAAAGGAUGACCACCAACACUUUCCAUCUUUGUUUGUCGCCAUUUCACUCGACGUUUCGAAGAUCCUACCAAAAUCUUAUCUUGGGUUCAAGAAAAUCCCGUAUGAUCUGUUUUGCCCUUCUCAGACCAAUCUGGUCAACGAUCGGAUCUGUACGACCUGUGGACUGUACCAUGCGUCUCUAGUUAUGCUUAAGGAGCAUAAAAAAGAGCACAAAGUUACGGCAGCGACGAAGAAGAUUCGUUCCAAGCGUGUCGUGACCAGACGACGAAAUGAGCUAUUAGUGGCGACAGCGGACGGCGGUGAUCUUGACUGGCUGGAUAGUGAUACAGUUGAUCUCACUGGUAUCCCCAUGGAUUGGGCAGAAGGUGUUGAGAACUUAAACGAUUCACAUCCCAUAAUUGAUAUCGAAAAACAUCUGCUAAAUCCUUGGGGUGAAGAUUAGCAUUGCUAGAUUGAUUUGCGUUGACUGCUGAAACGAUGAUAUUAUAUUGUUAUAACAAUGAAAUAAAAACAACUUGAAAUAAGAUAACUUCGUUUUUUUAAAUAAGAUUUUUCUAUUGGCUGGGGGAGGGGGGG